AGAAGAAAAAAGAGGAGGAGGAGGAGGAGGAGGAAAGAGAGAGCGCCGUAAAUUCUCGUCACUCCCGGCUCGAUCUCCAACCCGUCGAGUUCGUUCUCUUCUCGAACCGAUUCGAGCUGACUCCGCCGGAUUCGGCCCCGGGAGGCGCCAGUGAACUUCCCAGUCGCCGCGGCGUCCGAUUUGGUGCUGAUUUGGCGAGAUAACCCCCCGCCCUUACCCGUCUCUGUUUCAGGAUAAGAUGGCGGCGCCGCGCGGCGACUACGACGAGCAAGAUCGCCGGUCGAGAGGCACCGAGGUGUUCGUCGGCGGGCUGCCGCGGUCGGCGACGGAGGGUACGCUUCGGGAGGUGUUUUCUCCUUGUGGAGAGAUUGUUGACUUGCGAAUAAUGAAAGAUCAGAAUGGCAUGUCAAAGGGAUAUGGUUUUGUGCGAUUUGCAAAGAGGGAGUACGCUAAUAUUGCCAAAAGGCAAAAGAAUGGUAUAGAGCUUCAAGGAAAGAGGCUUGCUGUUGAUCUUUCACUGGAUCAAGAUACACUCUUCUUUGGAAAUCUUUGCAAAGAAUGGAGUUUAGAAGAAUUUGAGGAUUUGAUUCACAAGACAUUUAAAGAUGUUGUUUCAGUUGACCUUCCAAUGGCUUUGAACCCUAGUUCUUCAAGCAAAAGGCAUCAAAAUAGAGGCUUUGCAUUUGUGCGAUUUUCUUCUCAUGCAGCUGCAGCACGAGUAGUCCGCAUUGGUUCCAGAACAGAUUUUCUGCUCGGUGGUAUUUUGCAUCCUGCAAUAAAUUGGGCCGAGAAGGAGUCUCAUGUGGAUGCUGAUGAAAUGGCCAAGAUUAAGACCGCUUUUGUUGGGAAUCUACCAGAAAAUGUUAAUGAAGAUUAUUUGAAAAAGCUUUUUGAACAGUUUGGGGAGGUAGCACGUGUUGCUAUCUCAAGAAAAGGACAAUAUCCGGUUGGAUUUAUUCAGUUCUCCAGUCGUCCAGAGCUUGACAAUGCAAUAGAAGAAAUGGAUGGUAAAACAGUGAGAGGACCUGAUAGAGGACCAGCUUUCAAGAUCCAGGUGUCAGUUGCUCGACCUGCAGCUGAAAACGAUAAGAAGCGAACUCGUGAAGAAGUGAAAACUAGGAGCUCAAAUUUAUCAAGAGACAGGCCAGAUUAUUCUUAUGGAAGAUAUGGGCAUGAUUCACCUGAUCGUCGAACCAAAGCUCCAAGACCAUCUAAUGAUGUGGCUGAUAUCACUGACCCCUAUGAAUCAGCUGUUAUUUCACUACCGUCAGCUGUCAAGGAACUCUUACUUCGUAUUUUACGUCUUGGAAUCGGUACUCGUUAUGAUAUUGACAUCCAUUGCGUAAAGAGCCUCAAUGAUCUUCCUGAAUCAUCUGCUGUUGCCAUCCUUAAUCAGUUUUUGAUAUCAGGUGGAGAUAAACGUAAUAAAGGAGACUAUUUUGCUUCAUUAAUUUCUAAGCACCAGGCCGAGACCUUUGGCUUAGCACACUCAUUGCAUGGUGCUGCUUAUUUGCCCAGAAAUCCUGAAGUACAGAACAAGCGAUUCCCACAUGAUGACUAUGAUUACAUGGCUUCCGGGAGCAGUAGAUACAGCCCCUCAGGCCAUUAUCCUUCCUCCUAUUAUGUUCACGACUCACCAGUAUCUCAGACAAGGAUUAGAAGAUAUGCUGAAGAAAGACCCGCUGUUGUAAGAUACCCAGAGCCAAGAGCACGACAAGAAGAAAUGGCUAGCAUCAGAAGAUACCCAGAACCAAUAUUAACACAUGAAUCAAGACACAACACUGGAAAGCAUCUAGAUCGAAGAUACAUACAGGAACAGAGUUCAAGUUUUGAUAGAUCUGCCGAAGAAGCUGUUUUGUCUAGGGAAAGAAGAUUUGUGCCUGCUGCAGGGUACAACACAGACGUAGGCCCAGAAUUCUGCUCCAGGUCCUCUGCUGAAUAUUCUGCUGAACGGCAACAAGUAAGGUUUGAUCCCUUCACAGGGGAGCCUUACAAGUUUGAUCCCUUCACCGGGGAGCCCAUCAGAUCAGAACCAAACCAGCGGCGGUCAGGAAGCUUGUACUGAUCGGAUCCAUUGAAGCGGCGCUGGAAAUGGCAGAUAAGAUCAUGUUGUCAUCUUGGCACUUAAUGUAGGAGGAAUGUUUUGUGGCGAUGUCACUUAAUGUAGGAGGAAUGGUUGGUACUUGAUAAAACAUCCAAGAAUACAAUGCUUAGUCUUUGAUUCCUGACAAAAUUCGAGAACAUGAACUGGGGAAAACAUGCUUUUGUUUGCACUAUCUUAUGAUAAAUAAAGUAGUUGUGCCAGUGUGAAACUGCAAAAAUGCUACGUA